AUGCCCACUAUCUCGGUCGACAAGGCCGCCCUCUUCAAGGAGCUGGGUCGGGACUAUACCACGGAGGAGUUCGAUGAGUUGUGUUUUGAGUUCGGCAUUGAGCUCGAUGAAGAUACCACAGACCAGCCCCGCCCGAUCGUCGAUGGCGUCCAGGAGCCCCCGCAGCUUAAGAUUGAGAUCCCCGCCAACCGAUACGACUUGCUCUGCUUUGAGGGUAUCGCGCUGAUGCUGAACAUCUUCCUCGGCCGGAAGCCCCUGCCCGAGUACAAGUUGACCAAGCCCGCUCAACUUCAAGAGAUCAUUGUCAAGGAAGAUACCACCAAGAUCCGACCCUACGUGUCUGGCGCCAUUCUCCGUGGUGUCAAGUUCGACAAGGCUCGCUAUGAGUCCUUCAUUGCCCUUCAAGAUAAGCUGCACCAGAACUUGGCGCGCCAACGUACUCUGGUCUCCAUCGGUACUCACGAUUUGGAUAAAGUCAAGGGACCCUUCACCUACGAGGCUCAGGCCCCCAAGGAUAUCAAAUUCACUCCCUUGAACCAGUCCCAGGAGAUGAACGGUGAAGAGUUGAUGACCUUCUACGAGAAACACCUGCAAUUGAGCAAGUACCUGCAUAUUAUCCGGGACUCCCCAGUCUACCCGGUCAUCUAUGACUCAAACCGGACUGUCUGCUCUCUUCCCCCUAUCAUUAACGGCGACCACUCGAAGAUCACAAUGGAUACCACCAAUAUCUUCAUUGAGAUCACUGCUCUCGACCGUACGAAGCUCGAGAUCGUGAACCGCAUGAUGGUCACCAUGUUCUCACAGUACACCUCGGAGCCAUUCACCAUCGAACCCGUCAAGAUUGUGUCGGAGCACAACGGAGAGACCCGUAUCACCCCUGACCUCUCUUCCCGUGUCGCCCAGGCGGAGGUUUCCUACAUCAACCAAUGCUGUGGAUUGAAUCUCACUGCCCUUGAGAUCAGCGACUACUUGAGGAAGAUGGCUUACCGUGCCAAGCCCUCGACUACCCAGCCCGACGUUGUUGAUGUCGAGAUUCCUCCGACCCGCGCCGAUGUUUUGCACCAGUGCGAUAUCAUGGAGGACGUUGCCAUCGCCUACGGCUUCAACAACCUUCCUCGCUCUUUCCCUAGCAAGUCUGGCACCAUUGCUCAGCCUCUGCCCGUCAACAAACUCACCGACAUUAUUCGUAUGGAAACUGCCAUGGCCGGUUGGUCCGAGGUCUUGCCUCUGAUCCUGUGCUCUCACGACGAGAAUUUCGCCUGGUUGAACCGCAAGGAUGAUGGCAACACCGCCGUCAAGCUGGCCAACCCCAAGACCCAGGAGUUCCAGGUUGUUCGCACCAGCUUGCUCCCCGGUCUGCUGAAGACCCUCCGUGAGAACAAGGCCCACAGUGUGCCUAUGAAGAUCUUCGAGGUCAGCGAUGUCGCCUUCAAGGACUUGUCUCUGGAGCGAAAGAGUCGCAACGAGCGUCACUACGCUGCCGCCUAUUAUGGCAAGAGCAGUGGUUUCGAGAUCGUUCACGGUCUCAUGGACCGUGUGAUGGCCAUGCUGAAGACCGCUUUCAUCACCUCUGAGGAGGGUUUGACUAACCCUGCUGCCAGCGAGUCGCAAUACUACAUCAAAGAGCUGAAUGAUCCCACCUACUUCCCCGGCCACGCCGCCUCGAUCCACCUCCGUAUUGGCGGCACGGACCAGGUCAUUGGCAGCUUUGGUGCUUUGCAUCCCGAGGUCUUAGAGAAGUACGAGCUUAAGUAUCCCGUUAGCACUCUGGAGCUCAAUAUCGAGCCCUUCCUGUAG